CCAAGUGCGUCAAGGCGUGAGGUACAGUACAACUUAAUAUGUGAAAUAUCAGGCAGACGAUUGAGUCGUGCGUCUGCAUCAGCACAGGCUUCGAGUAAACUGCAUAGACAAAAUAUCAGAUGCAUAUUUGAAAGUAGGUUACAAAACCCCUGCAAGCAAUAAGGAUCUUGUGAUUCUAGUCCAAAAUAUCAUUAAAACACGCCCUUUCCUCUGGCUGUCUGGAGACGUGGCGCAGGUAAUGGAGGGUAUGCCAUUGAGCAUGGGCGGCUUGCGGACGCUACCAUGGUUCGUGGCAGGCUCUCAGGUUUUGGGGGUGGCGUGUGUGGUGAUCACAGGUGUGUGGAUGGGACAUUACCGUGGGGGCUACGCCUGGAACGGCUCAGCACAAGAGUUUAACGUCCACCCUCUCUGUAUGGUCCUUGGUCUGGUCUUCCUCUAUGGAGAUGCUGUUCUGGUUUAUCGAGUCUUUAGAAACGAGACUAAACGUUCAGUGAAAAUUCUCCACGCUCUGCUGCAUAUGAUGGCUCUUAUCAUCAGUAUUGUGGGUUUAGUGGCUGUAUUCGACUUCCAUUCGGCAGCUAAGAUCUCUCAUAUGUAUUCUCUGCACAGCUGGUGUGGCAUGCUGACUUUUGUGCUGUUUUUCCUUCAGUGGUUACUGGGACUGGGAUUUUUCCUUUUCCCAUGGGCCUCUGCUCAUUUGAGGAGCUGGUAUCUUCCGCUGCACGUCUUCUUUGGCCUGUUGUUGCUGGCCAUGUCCGUGGGAUCCUGUCUGCUGGGCAUCACAGAGAAACUGCUCUUCAGUAUCAUGGAAACUUACUCUAAGUUUCCUGGUGAGGGGGUCCUGGCGAACAUUUUAGGCUUGUUGCUGGUGUGCUUUGGGGUCGUGGUGGGUUACGUGGUGACGAGAGAAGAUUUCAGGCGACCGCCAAAUCCUGAGGAGGAGGCUCUAUCCGUGCACUUUAAGACCCUGUCGGAAGGAGAAAUCCCCAGUUCUCCGUAAUGCCUUAAUACACUGCCUUUCUGCCUUCCUACUGUAUUUGUGUCUUAGCAAACCUGUCAGCCGGUUCCUCCUCCUUGUCAGAUUUGUCUCCUCUUUUUGUAUUCCCCAUCCUUAACAUUAAAGUUACUCUGCAACAGACACCAAGAAGUUACGACAAGAUUAAAUGGUAGGAUACAGAAUAAAAAGUAUGUUAUUGUUAUUAUUGGAGUAAUUAAAUGUUAUAUAUAUUUUUAAAUUCAUUGUAGGUUAGGCUUUAAUUUUUAAAGUUUGUGCCAAACCAAAUUAACUUGGAAAAAAAAAGAGAUACUGUGUGUUUAAAUGUAUUAGAUUCAGGAUGUACUUUCUUGUGCCUUAACAUUAUUUGAACCAGACUGUACUAAAACUCAAAUACUCCAUAAUGAUGAUUAUUAUUAUUGUUUUGAUUUGAUUGAUCAGGAAAUGUUUACUUUCCAACUUUCCCUCGCAGGAUUUGAAUGUUUGUUUUAUAUUACGGACUAAACUAAUCAUUAUAUCCAGAAACCUGCUUUACGCCAUAUUUAUAUGAAAACAUUUUGCAGCUCUCCUUGCAUAAAUGACUGAAAAAUACUUGAAAAAAUUCUGGGUUGUUAGACUGACAUCUCUAAUAUCCAAAAUCUAAAAAGACUCUCAUUAAUUUUAUCUAAACAUAAAAAAAAGUCUCAUUUGUUAUCCAAACAGAGCAGUUUACAAAUAGUGUUGUGCUUGUCCUACUGUUUCCCAUGUGCUGGUUAUUAAAGUCAGCUUAAAGAGGAAAGAUACUGACUGUUUUACACUGUAUUUUGUGUGUGUAUAUUGUAAACACACACACACAUUCUGUCUUUCCAUCUGAAAGAGUGUGUAUAAAUGAUCUUUAGGUUCCCUUGUACUGUAUUUUUGUGUUGGCACGUUGUAUUGUGUAGUGGCAAUAUUUUUUUUACCAUGUUUACCAUGUAAAAUAUCAGUAAAUGUGUGACCCUGGACCACAAAACCAGUCAUAGGGGUCAAUUUUUGGAAAAAAAUGAAUAAUUAUUAGAAUAGGACAAUAUUUGGCUGAGAUACAACUAUUUGAAAAUCUGGAAUCUGAGGGUGCAAAAAAAUUAAAAUAUUGAGAAAAUCACCUUUAAAGUUGUCCAAAUGAAGUUCUUAGCAAUGCAUAUUACUAAUCAAAAAUCAAGUUUUAAUAUAUUUACGGAAGGAAAUUUACAAAAUAUCUUCAUGGAACAUGAUUUUUACUUAAUAUCCUAAUGAUUUUUGGCAUGAAAUCAAUAAUUUUUGGCUAUUGCUACAAAUAUACCCGUGCUACUUAUGAGUGGUUUGUGGUCCAGGGUCACAUACGUGUUCAUAAUGCUCGCUUUAUAAGUUCAAUGUGAUUUUAAGCAAAAUAAAUUCAUGAGAAAUAAAGUAGACUCAGUGAAAAGUUA